AUGCGCUUCUCACAGGUCCUGUCUUUCGUUGCCGUCGCAGCCACGGCUGCCGUCGAGGCCGUCUCUCUACCGCCAGGCGUUCCGAGAAAUGUGCUCGAGUUCCGCGACAAGCACCCCUACAAGAAUCCUAAACCCGGUUGCCGCAAGAUCGUCAGGAUUCGAGCCUCUGAGGAUGAUGAAGAUGACGUAUCAGCCGAGUUCAAGAAGGGUGUCGAAGAGGCCAACAACGGCGGCACCCUCUACCUGCCCGAGGGAGAAACCUUUGUCAUUGGCAAGGUUCUGGAUCUGACGGGCCUAAGUGACAUUCACGUCCGCUUGGACGGCGAGAUCAAGGUCGGUUUCAUGGGCAUAGACAUUUGUAUUUGGCGGUUGCUGAUGGCAUGCAGUUCACGAACGAUGUCGAGUACUGGCAGAAGAACGCGUGGUACCACCCCUUCCAGCGCUCCAUUAUGUUCUGUUAGUAUAUGCCUCUCCCGAAAGGCCUUCUUGCUCAGUGCUGACAACAUGAAAGGGAAAUGGGGCGGCCACGAUAUCAAGAUCUAUGGUGAGGGUGUCAUCGAGGGUCAGGGUCAACGUUGGUGGAACGAGUUUGAGGCCGGCACGGGAUCCAUUCUGGUAAGCCCAGCUAACCCCGGCAACAAGUACUAUCGACCCAUCCUGUUCUAUGCUGAGAACACCACCAACCUGGACGUCUCUGGCAUCCAUCUGAAGGACUCUCCUUGCUGGAAUAACUUCAUCGUCAGCUCCAAGAAUGUCAGGUAUACAGACGUCAUCGCCACAGCUCUCUCCAACAAUGGCAGCAUUAUCCCCAAGAACACCGACUUUAUGAACACGAUGAACACGUCCAGUGUCUCCAUCGAGCGCGUUUGGGUCAACAUUGACGACGACUGCUUCUCUCCCAAGCCCAACAGUUCCGACCUCUACGUCAACACCAUGUACUGCAACGGCACUCACGGACAGUACUCUGGCGCCCGUAUCAAGAUCUGGGCCGGCGCCGACAUUGGCACUGGCUACGUCAACAACGUCACCUUCAAGUACGACCAAGCUCUGAUCCCCCCCCCAACUCUUGACAAGUCGGUUUCUCACAAGAGGCGCAGGAACUUCUGGGUCGCUCGCAUGGACUAUGGCAUCAUCCUCGACUCGUGCUACUUCAACAAGUCCGUCGAGGAGUGCAACAAGUACCCCUCAGGCAUGGACAUCACGAACAUUCGCUUCGAAGAACUUCAUCGGCUACACGUCGGGCGUCUACGGCAAUGCCGUGGCCCGCCUCUCCUGCUCGACGGCCGACUCGGCCGUCUGCGACAACAUCGUCAUCAAGGACUUCAACGUCAAGUCGCCGUGCGGGCGGCGAGCCCGUCAUCAUCUGCGACGGGCAUCGGCGACGACCUCGGCCUUCCCCUGCGUGCCCUAUAA